CGUAUAGCCAGCAGGGAGAGUGAAAAUGCGAAUACGGAAUCUACAUAAAAUCGAAACCGCGUGAAACGAGUUUUUAGUUGUAUUUAAGCAAGCGGCUGUCGCGCAACAAUCGCUCGAAAUAUACCAAGAAUCGUUCUCCGUCGCGUUUGAAUUGAUUAAAAUAGAAGCGUUUCCUUCUCGUCGGACAUGUUUGCAUCUAUGCGGCAAAGAAAGCAUCUAAUCAAAAUCAAAGAACGCCAACGCGCCAUAGGCAGCUGCUUAUGAAACAAAAUUAGAGAAGCUUCCAGCUUCCCAAAAGUGUGAAUAAGAUCAACAUAUAAGAAUAAUAAAUACUAGAAAAAUGGCCUCCAGACUGUGGACACUCUUUCUAUUCCUGGCCAGUGCCGACUACGCUUACAGUGCUCCGUACACAAUAAAUCUAAGCCGUACUUGUCCCUACCACAAUAGCUGCAAUACAUCGGUCAACCAGCAUCAAAUCGAGCGCCUGAUGAGCUACGUGGACAGUGAGAGGCAGCCUUGUGAUGACUUCUACGCCUUUGCCUGCGGAAAGUGGAGGGAAAAGCACGGCAGCGAUGCCACGGCCACGACCAUAAGCGAGGCCCAGAUCAACGACCACUACGAGGAGCUCUUCGCAGAGCUGCAGCGGAAUUCCAGCUACUUCGAAUUCCCCAUGUACAGGAAACUGGCAACCCAUUUUCAAGACUGCCUUGCUCUCGGCAAGCCCAACCUGGGCCGCUAUCUGGAGCUGCUGGACCAGAAGCUGCAGGCGUCCCUGAAGACCACGCACUGGUCGGAGCUGCUGGCUAUUCUGGGCCAGUACGGUUACCACGGCCAUUUUGUACUGCUGGAGGUGCGAUGGCACAAUGCCAGCCACCACAUGCUCUUUCUGCUCCCGCACAACCAUCACCUGAGCCUGAAUCUCACCCCCGACAUUUACGAUGCCCUGAGUCGCCACAGCCUAUCGGACGGAGCUUGGCCCCCCUACGAACAGCUCCGGGAACAGUUCAGACUCUUGGAGCACAACUUAACCAGUCUGGAGAGGUCCAAAAUACCCGACGACAGCUUUACCCACCGCAGUCUUAAGGAGAUUCGAGCGGAAGUGCCGGGAGUGGAGUGGGAUCAAAUAUUAAGACUGCAGCUGAACAGGUCGGUGGGAGGCAAUCAGGCCUUUCAAGUGGACGACCUGGCGGCCAUCAAGCGUCUGGUGGAGUAUCUCAACCAAGCCGACAAUCUGCUGCUCAACCGCUACAGCCUGGCGAGGUUCCUCAGUCAUCUCGUGGGCCUGCCGCACAACCCACUGGCCGACUGGAGUCCGGAUAGAAAGUCGCUGUCCCUCCGGUGCAUCCGCCACAUGCGCCGCUCCCUCUACCUGCCGAUGAACUACGUCUACGAGCACAGAUUUUACACCCAUCGACGGAAAGCCGAUGAGCUCGUCAUCCAUCGAGUGUUUGAGGAGCUGCAAGGCCAGCUUGAGCGGAAUUUGGACAACAAUCCUUUCAACCUCAGCCAGGGUCUGGUGUCGUCGCUGAAGGACAAAAUACACUUUAUGCGCAUUAACGUGGGCAAUUUGCCGCCCAAUGUGUCCGACCAGUUCUACUGGGAGGUCGAUCGUCGGUGGGUAGUGGGCCACGACUUUUACGAGAACCACCUAAACAGCCUGCUCUACUAUUACUCGGUUGUCUCCGAUUUGGAGGGCACAACGAACCAGACGGAGCGCGAGAUUUGGUACAGCUUUAACAUGCACCAGCCCGAGUUUCCCGACAACAUAGACGCAACGCCGUACUUCUAUUGCCUGGGCGACAUCAUCUUUGUGCCGUACUCCUACGUCCGCCUGCCCUUCUUCCACGUCGACUUCUGGCCGGCUCUUCUGUACGGGGACCUGGCCAACACUUUGGGCCACGAGAUGAUGCAUGCCCUCGACACGGACCUGGUCGACUAUGAUGCGUGGGGUCACAUGAGCAACUUUAGCGACCAGCUCGGCCUGGUGCCGAGCUACAUGGACGCAGUGAGUUGCCUCAAUGACAGCGCCGUGAUGGUGAACGAACGCACCUCGGACGUCAGUGGAUCCCGGCUGGCGCUGGACACCUACGGAGGCGACUGGAUGGAUAAUCCGGACGAUGGCCGCCUCUACUUCCUGCAGUUCGCGCACUUCUUUUGCGGCGACGAGGGUGACAUAUACCAUGACACGGGCAGCCAGCGCCUCAACUAUGCCCUCAGCCAGGUGCCGAAGUUCGCCGAGGUAUUCGGAUGCCAGAGCGGAACGGGGAUGAACUCCGCGAAUCAGUGCCGCUUCUGGUAGCGCAGUGAGCCCCUCUCUCUUAGUUGGUGUAUAGCUUUAAUUAGA